CCCAGCGGAGGGAGGCUGCCGGCCCCGCUGGGGCCAUGGAGCUGCUGAGGCUGAACCGAAGCGUGUCAGGACCCGGGCCCGGGCCGGGGGCUUCUCUAUGCCGUCCUGGGGGUCUCCUCCUCAACAGCAGCGGCGCCAGCAACCUCAGCUGCGAGUCCCCUCGCAUCCGCGGAGCCGGGACGCAAGAAUUGGAGCUGGCCAUUAGAAUCACCCUUUAUCUGGUGAUCUUUCUGAUGAGCGUUGGCGGAAAUGUGCUAAUCAUCGUGGUCCUGGGGCUGAGCCGACGCCUACGAACUGUCACCAAUGCCUUCUUGCUCUCUCUGGCAGUCAGCGACCUCCUGCUGGCUGUGGCUUGCAUGCCCUUCACUCUCCUGCCUAAUCUCAUGGGCACGUUCAUCUUUGGCACAGUCGUCUGCAAGGCAGUUUCCUACCUCAUGGGGGUGUCUGUCAGUGUGUCUACACUAAGCCUUGUGGCCAUCGCCCUGGAGCGGUACAGCGCCAUCUGCAGGCCACUGCAGGCGCGUGUGUGGCAGACGCGCUCCCACGCGGUUCGAGUGAUAGUAGCCACAUGGCUGCUGUCCGGGUUGCUCAUGGUGCCUUACCCCGUGUACACCACCGUGCAGCCAGCGGGGCCCCGUGUGCUGCAGUGCGUGCAUCGCUGGCCCAGUGCGCGCAUCCGACAGACCUGGUCGGUGCUGCUGCUCCUGCUCUUGUUCUUCGUCCCAGGUGUGGUUAUGGCUGUGGCCUACGGACUGAUUUCCCGCGAACUCUACCUGGGGCUUCGCUUUGACGGUGACGGUGACACCGAGAGCCAGAGCCGGGUCCGAAGCCAGGGAGGGUUGCAAGAUGGGAAAGGACCAGAUCCUGCCCACCAGAACGGGCACUGCCGGCUUGAGACAGGGCUGGCUGGCGAGGAUGGCGAUGGCUGCUACGUGCAGCUUCCGCGCUCUCGGCCGGCACUGGAGCUGUCGGCGCUGACGGCGCCCCCUUCUGGGCCAGGACCGGGGCACCGGCCGGUCCAGGCAAAGCUGCUGGCCAAGAAGCGCGUAGUGAGGAUGUUGCUGGUGAUCGUUGUACUUUUUUUCCUGUGUUGGUUGCCAGUGUACAGUGCCAACACAUGGCGCGCCUUCGACGGUCCAGGCGCGCACCGCGCGCUCUCGGGCGCACCGAUCUCUUUCAUCCACUUGCUCAGUUAUGCUUCCGCUUGUGUCAACCCCCUGGUCUACUGCUUCAUGCACCGUCGCUUUCGUCAGGCCUGCCUCGAAACGUGCUCUCGCUGCUGGCCCCGCCCUCCACGAGCUCGCCCUAGGCCUCUGCCGGACGAGGACCCUCCCACCCCAUCCAUUGCUUCUCUCUCCAGGCUGAGCUACACCACCAUCAGCACACUGGGGCCAGGCUGA